CAUCAAGGGCCUCCAUGCUCUCCCGCGCCGCGGCGGCGCCACGCGCUGUCAGCAGACUCGCCUCUCGGCUCGCCCCUGCGGGCCGGCGCUUCUCGACGCAGGCGCGAGCCCGGGGGACGCUCGCGAUCGCGCGCUCGCGGGGCGUGGGCGCGCGCGGGGCGUCGCAGCCGUUCGAGCUUGCCUUUUCCCGCGUCGCAGGUCGCCGAUGAGCCCGCCGAGGGCGUGCGGCAGCACCCCGCGAUGGCGUCGUCUCUGACCGCCAUCGGCACGCGCGACAUCUUUGACGCGGACCACGACAUGUUCCGAGAGCUCGCGCGGUCCUUCUUUGAGAACGAGGUGGCGCCGUUCCACGCGGAGUGGGAGGCCGCCGGCGAGGUGCCGCGCGAGCUCUGGACCAAGGCGGGCGAGCUCGGCCUCCUCUCAAACAUGGUCCCGGAGGAGUACGGCGGCCUCGGGCUGGACUGCAAGUACCCCGCCAUCAUGUGGGAGGAGCAGUCGUACUCGGGAUGCACCGGCCCCGGCUUUGCGAUGCACUCUGACAUCGUCGCGCCCUACAUCACAAACUACGGCACCGAGGAGCAAAAGAGUCGAAUCCUGCCCAAGCUCGUCUCCGGGGAGUGGAUCGGCGCCCUCGCGAUGACCGAGCCGGGCGCCGGGUCGGACUUUGCGAACAUCAAGACGACCGCCAAGAAGGACGGGGACGACUACAUCAUCAACGGCUCAAAGGUCUUCAUCACAAACGGCUGGUUGUGCGACGUGGUCAUCGUCUGCGCUAAGACGGACAGCACAAAGGGCGCGCACGGCGUCUCUCUCUUCUUGGUCGAGGAGGGCAUGGCGGGCUUCCAAAAGGGCAAGAAGCUCAAGAAGAUGGGCAUGAAGGCGCAAGACACCGCCGAGCUCUUCUUCGAGGACCUGCGCGUGCCCGCCUCUGCGAUGCUCGGCCCCGAGAACAAGGGCUUCUACUGCGUGAUGCAGGAGCUGCCGCAGGAGCGGCUGCUCAUCGGAGACAUGGGUGUGGCGGCCGCCGAGGCGGUGUUUGAGUGGACUAAGGACUACACGAUGGACCGAAAGGCCUUCAAGGGCUCGCUGUCCGACCUGCAGACCGUCAAGCACAAGCUGGCCGAGAUGAAGACCGAGGUGACGGUGGCGCGCUCCUUUAUGGACCAGUGCAUCCAGCUGCACUCGGAGCACAGGCUCGACACGAACAUGGCGUCGAUGGCAAAGUACUACGGCUCCGAUUUGCAGUCCAAGAUCGCGAACGACGGCGUGCAGCUGCACGGGGGCUGGGGGUACAUGUGGGAGUACCCAGUCUGCCGCGCGUAUGUCGACGCGCGCGUGCAGUCCAUCUACGGCGGCGCAAACGAGAUAAUGAAGGAGGUCAUCGGCAGGUCGAUUGUCUCGACCAAGUAGAGGAGCGGCCAAGCCCGCAGCUGCCCGGGCACAGAGAGGCUCUCGCUCCGUCCGGGUGGCGCCAGUGGCAGUCGGCGGGGGGGCGGGGGCGCGGGCGCGGGCGGCGCGGCGCGAUCGCAGGCCGUCGCCGCCGGUCGUCUGGUGGGUGGGUGGUGGGUGGGCGGGGGGGUGGUGGGUGGGCGGGGGGGUGGGGGGUCGGAUGGGGGGCUCCGCCGACCACUCUGUACCGCCGCGUCUCUGAGUCCCGAGUCUUGUCGUCUGUGUGCUGCGCGAGAUUGCGCCCUCUGUCUGAUCCGCGGCGCCGACCCAACGAGCCGCGCACGUGCCAGCCGCGAUCUCGUCUGCCGCGACGCCGCGUGUGUGUGCGUGUGCCGUUCGGGGCGGCGCCACCCUUGCCCCUCGUCCGUCUUCCGGUCGUACUUGUACCAUUCCAAGACGUGAUUUAUUCGA